GCCGCACCUCCCCGCCGAGGCCGGAGGCUCUCCACGUCAGCUUACGUCUCCCAAUUUCUUACUUCACGGAUCUGCUUCAAAGGGGCAGCUGCGCUAGAGAAUCAUGUUAAGCUCAGCUAAUGCGGAGAAGCCGAGGUAGCCCUAAUGAUGGAUUUUGAUGAGCGUGUUCCUUGUUCCUCUAACAUGUAUUUGCCAAGUUGUACGUACUACGUCUCGGGUCCUGAUUUCUCCAGCCUCCCUUCUUUUCUGCCCCAGACCCCGUCUUCUCGCCCUAUGACAUACUCCUACUCCUCCAACCUGCCCCAGGUCCAACCCGUGAGAGAAGUGACCUUCAGGGAAUAUGCCAUUGAUCCCUCCAGUAAAUGGCACCCCCGGAACAACCUGCCCCACUGCUACUCCGCAGAGGAGAUCAUGCACAGAGACUGCUUGCCUUCCACCACCACCGCCAGCAUGGGCGAGGUGUUCGGCAAAAGCACCGCGAACGUCUACCACCACCCCAGCGCCAACGUCUCCUCCAAUUUCUAUAGCACGGUGGGCAGGAACGGGGUCCUGCCGCAGGCUUUCGACCAGUUUUUCGAGACGGCGUACGGCACGGCGGAGAACCCGUCCUCCGCGGACUAUCCGCCGGACAAGAGCGGCGAGAAGGCGCCCACGGCCGCCGGGGCGACGGCGGCAACUUCAAGUUCGGAGGGCGGCUGCGGCGGGGCGGCGGCGGCGGGGAAGGAGAGGCGGAGGCGGCCGGAGAGCGGCAGCAGCCCCGAGUCAUCUUCCGGCAACAAUGAGGAGAAAUCCGGCAGCUCCAGUGGACAACGGACCCGUAAAAAGAGAUGCCCCUACACCAAAUAUCAGAUUAGAGAGCUAGAAAGGGAAUUCUUCUUCAGUGUCUACAUAAACAAAGAGAAACGCCUCCAGCUCUCCCGAAUGCUCAAUCUGACCGACCGCCAAGUAAAAAUAUGGUUUCAAAACAGAAGAAUGAAAGAAAAAAAAAUUAACAGGGACCGAUUACAAUAUUACUCAGCUAAUCCACUACUCUAAAACUCGUAGCGUUUUUCAAGACGAGAUUAAAUUCAGAUUUUGCCCUUGACAAGGUCAAGCCACGAGGUUACGUGGAGGAAGGAGGUGUGUAUCUGACGGGACUCGAAGAACCCGAGGUUUUCCAUACAUGUAAAUCUGCUCUGGACGUUCCAUGACGGUUUAUUGUUUUGUCUAUAUAUUUACGUUCCAACUGGAAUCGGUUUGAUUUUGCCACACGUGGCGUCCAUCCAUUUCCACCGCGCGCGUCACCUCCGAGCGCCUGGCCCACGCCUCUCACCUUCCCGCACCGCGUUGGGCAGAUCCGGGAGGGGACAGGGCUGUCCCCGUGUCCCGCUGCCCCCUCGGAGCGUGGCGUGGGCACCGGCACCGCGAGCGGCCGCAGCCAGGACGCAAACUUUGGGAAAUGAUCUCUCGUCCUUCCCGGAAGGAAAAUGUCUGUGGUUGAGGCAGUGCGCCAUUGCCCAUGGGUUUGA